AUGAAUCUCUCUACUCCUUCUCCUACAUCUCUGCCUCAUCACUCCCCUCUUCGCUCAACUUCUUUACGAGUGUUUGAGUCUGUGUUGUUUGGUUGCAGGGAUAAUCUAACUGAGAAUGUUGCUAUCGAGGGUCGUAAUAUCAACUUCUCGGUUAAUACAAGGCAGGGCAAAAUAGUGCCGAUUCUGAAGGAUUGUUCAAUUCGGAUUCCUUCGGGGCAGCUGUGGAUGCUUCUUGGACCUAAUGGUUGUGGUAAAUCUACCCUUUUAAAGAUCUUGGCAGGUAUUCUGACCCCAACAAACGGAAGUUUAUUCGUUAGGAGGCCGAAUAGUUAUGUAUUCCAAAAUCCAGACCAUCAGGUUGUGAUGCCUACAGUUGAAGCAGAUGUUGCGUUUGGCCUUGGUAAAUUAAACUUAACAAAUUCUGAAGUUAGAUCCAGGGUGUCAAAAGCUUUGGACGCGGUUGGCAUGUCUGAAUACCUAGAGAGGCCGGUUCAAACUCUUAGUGGUGGUCAAAAGCAAAGAGUCGACAUUGCUGGUGCUUUAGCUGAAGCAUGUAAAGUUUUGCUUCUGGAUGAGCUUACAACCUUUUUGGAUGAAAGUGACCAGAUGGGGGUGAUAAAAGCAGUUCAGAAUCUUUUGGAAAUAUCGGGAGAAGUCACGGCACUGUGGGUGACCCAUCAUUUGGAAGAACUCGAGUACGCAGACGGUGCAAUAUACAUGGAAGAUGGAAGAGUUAUCAUGGAUGGGGAUGCAGCACGAAUAAGGAAAUUUAUCAAAGCCAAGCAAUCUUCUUAUAUUAACCGUGUAAAUUGUUGAGUACUCUCUAUGUUGAUUUUGUUUUGUAUAAAAAGUUUACAAAUUACGAUGUCAGCUUUCGUUGUGGUGGUAAAGC